AUGUUUGUCGUUCAACGUUGUUUAAUCGUUUCGGCUGUCCCUUGCAUUUUCAGAUAUGUCCCUCUUGGCUAUCAGAAGGCUCAACUUACGAAAGCGGCUAACAGAUUGCGCAAGAAGAUCGCGGAGGUCGAACAGGCCAAUCUUGUUAUGGAAAGCCCUACAUUCGAGCCAGGCAAGGACUACGAACUUGUUAAAAAUCAUAUUCGUUUUCUUUCGAACUUAUUUUCUCUAAUUAGUCGCGCUGCUUCUUCCUUACGCAGCCAGCGGGAGAAGGCUGAGGAGUUUGCUCGUCAGAAUCCAGAAGAGCACGGAGAGUUUUCCCUUCUCCAGGAGAUCCUCGCGCACUGGGACUCCAGUGAAAUGGAUGAUCUCUUGGAUGAGGCGGACACUCUGCUUGACCGUUUGGGUAAUGAGAUCAAACUCCUGCCUAAUGCGGAUAUGCUCUACGAUCGUCAUGUUUCUUCAAUUGCUUAUAUGCCUAAGUCCCCAACUCCAACCUGUCACCGGCUUCUUCUAACACCCUUCAACCUUCUGUCCCCACCCAGCAGCUCGCGCAAGAUGCGGAUGUCGAGCGUGUUACCCAUCCGUCAGAGCAGGAUCGUCCAUCUGAUCCCUUAUCAGUCGCGCCUGCUGUUCACCCCACCGGGAGCGACUCUGCGAUCCCAACACAGGUCGCGUAUGAAGGGAAAAGCAGCUGAGAUCAUCGCGGACUUCGAACCUAGUGAAGAGGAUUACGCAGAAGCAGUACGCAUCAUCGAAAGCACUUAUAGCAGGCCCGAGCUCCUUCGCAACCAUCUUUGGGAGAAACUCAAGCAGCAGGCACGCGCAAGAAACAGCGCUACUUUCCAGCGCACCAUUCUGUGCAGUAUAAGAGCAACUUGGGCCCAGAUGAAAAGACUCAACGAGGAGUCUCGCUCUAGUGCCGUACUGAAGACCAUCCGUUCGAAGUUCCCACGGCAUACGUGCGAGAAAGUUGGCGAACUGAAGAAGAAAGGAGAUCCGAUGUGGACGGUCGACGAGCUAUUGGUAGCUCUCGAUGAAGUGAUCGAUCAACAAGAAACUAUAGAGGAUACCGUUCCUGAGUAUUAUUCCACCUGCAACUCUGACUCUGCAGUUCGUCAAGGUUCUCUUUCCCCGCGCAGGUAUCCUACUAAGCAGCCGAGUAGAUCCUCCUACGAUCAGUCAUCUUGUGCAACUUGUUCGCGCAGCUUACGUUCACCACCUGGAUACCAUUCCGUGAGAAGUCGAUCGCCAACACCAUACUAUUCGCGACGCUCGUCGCGCAGUCCAACACUUCCACCACAACACCAAGAAUAUCGUUGCGUCUUCUGCGAACGGGAAGGACACCGACCGGAGAACUGCUUCGAAGUACGGAGCGUCAAACAACGCAGAGCCAUCGUUAACGAAAGCGGACUUUAUUGGUUGUGCUUGAAACAAGGUCAUGAAUGCAUUUUGUUCAGCACCUACGUGCGCAUAUUGUGGCAGAGCUCACCAUCCUGCCCUCUGCUUUAA